UUGACUCCGAAUCUGGGCAAGAUCUCGGAUACUAAACCAUGAAAGUCACGGUGUGUUUUGGCAGGACCCGGGUGGUGGUGCCGUGCGGGGAUGGAAAUAUUAAAGUGCACACACUCAUCCAGCAGGCUGUCAUGAGAUACAAGAAGGCUAUAGCCAAGGAUGCUAGUUACUGGCUGCAGGUCCACCGGCUGGAACACGGAGAUGGCGGCAUCCUGGACCUGGAUGAUGUGCUCUGCGAUGUGGCCGACGACAAAGACAGGUUGAUAGCUGUGUACGAUGAGCAGGAGCCCCAUCAUGGAGGUGACGGUACCAGCGCCAGCUCCACGGGGACCCAGAGCCCCGACCUCUUUGCCGCAGACCUCAGUGCCGGCAGUGGAGCUUCAGCGUUUCAACCCUACCAGGCUGCCAGCGAGAUCGAGGUUACGCCCUCCGCCUUGCGCACCAAUAUGCCCCUCCACGUCCGGCGCAGCAGCGACCCCGCCCUGCUGACCAUCAACGGGCCGUUCAGCGGCGGCGAGUCACGGGUCCAAACAGAAGAGCCGCCGUCGAGGAAGAACCCGACCCGCUGGUCCACCACCGCUGGCUUCUUGAAAGCCCGCCACUCCUCCGGCACCAACAGUCUAGAGAGGAAGGGUAAAGGUAUGGACACGUAUCGCAGUCUGCCGCGGGAUGCGGGGACGUGGGCCAAUCAGAGAGAGUUUCAGAGAGAGACGGCCCGCUCAUCACUCAGUGCCAAUCACCCCAUGGUGGACCGAUGGCUGGAGAGACAAGAACAGGAGGAAGAGGCCAGAGAGGAAGAAAACGGUCGGAUCGAGCCGGUCGGACGAGCCGACUCCUGCAUGGACCACGCCCCUGUGAGGUCACUAGAAGACAUAGUCAAACUGGUGGAGGUGUCAAACGAUGGCGGGCCCCUGGGAAUCCACGUGGUGCCUUUCAGUGGCAGGGACCGCAGGACUCUUGGCUUGUUGGUCAAGCGUCUGGAGAGGGGCGGGAAGGCCGAGCAGCAAGGCCUCUUCCAGGAGAACGACUGUAUCGUCCGUAUCAAUAACGGAGACCUGCGAAACAUCCGCUUUGAACAAGCCCAGAACAUGUUCCGUCAGGCCAUGCGCUCUCCAGUCAUCAUGUUUCACGUGGUGCCGUCGUCCAUGAAGGCCCACUACGAGCAGCUGUCCCACGCCGAGAGGAACCCGGCGUACGCCUCGGGCCGUUUCAGCCCCGACUCCCUGACCGGCAGCACCGUCUCCGGCAUGGACCACACCCCGCAGAGGAUGUCCCGACACGGCUCCCAGUCGCAUCCACACUCCCAUCCGCACCCUCACUCCCACGCUCACCCAGACCCGACAGACGGCUACCCUCCUCUGACUCACCCGGCGGUCUCUGCGGCCAAGCCUCCGACGGGGCACACGCACUCACCUCAGAGGGGGCUGAACUCCACCCCAACGGGAGGAUAUACCAAAAAAGUCGGGAGGAGGCUCAACAUCCAGCUAAAGAAAGGUCCCGAGGGACUCGGCUUCAGUAUUACGUCACGGGACGUUCCCAUCGGGGGCUCGGCACCCAUCUACGUAAAGAACAUACUGCCAAGGGGAGCUGCCAUCCAAGAUGGCCGCCUGAAGGCAGGAGACAGGUUGCUGGAGGUGAAUGGAGUGGACCUGAAUGGGCGGACCCAGGAGGAGGUGGUGUCUCUGCUCAGGGCCACACCCAUGGGCGGGGCUGUAGGGCUGCUGGUCCUACGCCAGGAAGACACUUUCCUCCCUCGAGAAGUGAAUGCUGAGCCCCAGGUGCAAUGCCCCAGAGAUUCGAAGACAGAGGAGGAUGAGCUGGUCCUGACUCCAGAUGGGACCCGGGAGUUCCUGACCUUUGAGAUCCCCCUCAGUGACUCGGGUUCAGCAGGUUUGGGUGUCAGCGUCAAAGGCAACCGCUCCAAGGAGAACCACGCCGACCUGGGCAUCUUUGUGAAAUCCAUCAUCAAUGGAGGGGCGGCAUGCAAGGACGGACGGCUCCGAGUGAACGACCAGUUGAUCGCUGUCAACGGGGAGUCGCUAUUGGGCAAAACCAACCAAGACGCCAUGGAGACGCUCCGCAAGUCCAUGUCAACGGAAGGCAACAAACGUGGGAUGAUCCAGCUCAUCGUGGCCAGACGAGUGGCCAAACGAAAUGAGAUAAAAACACCGGGCAGCCCACUGGGACCCCAGCAGACCAUGAGCACCCCUCUGGAUGACCACGAGCGCCGAAUCUCCCACUCCCUGUAUGGUGGCCUGGAGGGUCUUGAUGACAACCUGAUGCCACGACAAGGCAUGAUGCCACGCACAAUAGGUAACUAUCAGCUCUCUCCGACCGUCAACAUGCCGCAGAACGACACUGUGAUCAUAGAGGACGACCGGCCGCCGCUCCUCCCGCCACACCUCUCCGACCAGUCGUCGUCCAGCUCCCAUGACGACGUGGGCUUCACCGCUGACAUGACGCCACAGUGGGCCAAAGAGCUGCCCACUCAGAAUGACAGCUCCCUGGGUCAAGAUGAAAACAAUCCAGACACCGCCUUCCAGAGGGAAGGUUUUGGACGCCAGAGCAUGUCGGAGAAACGCACCAAGCAGUUUGGAGACGCCUCUCAGCUCGAGAUCAUCAAAACACGCAAGUCCAAGAGCAUGGAUCUAGUAGCCGAUGAGAUUAACCUCACCCCUCGUCCCGAGAGCAACACAGGUUCCUCCACAAGGGAUGUGGGGCCAUCACUAGGUUUAAAGAAGUCCAGCUCUCUCGAGAGCCUCCAGACAGCUGUUGCCGAGGUAACCCUCAACGGGGACCUCCCCUUCCACAGGCCUCGCCCCCGCAUCAUCAGGGGGCGCGGCUGCAACGAGAGCUUCAGGGCGGCCAUCGACAAAUCCUACGACCGACCGGCUGCCACGGAGGAGGACGAUGAGGGCAUGGAGACAUUGGAGGAGGACACGGAGGAGAGUUCACGAUCAGGGAGAGACUCUGUGUCCACGGUGGCCGACCAGACCCCGCUGUCCGGCACCGAGAAACCGCUGGUCAACGGCACCAACCGCACCAAAGAGGAGAAGAAGAAGGACAAGGACAAGGACAAGGGAGGAAAGGAGAAGAAGAAGCAGGAGGGAGUGAAGGAGAAAGACAAGGGAAAAGCCAAGAAGGGCAUGCUGAAGGGACUCGGGGACAUGUUCAGGUUUGGGAAGCACCGAAAGGACGAGCGGCCGGGCGAAAAGAUGGAUCGUAAAGGCUCCAGCAAAUGGAGGCCUGAGGAGACGCAGGUUUCUGAGGAGGAGACAAUGAAGAUGAGGAUGGAGCAGGAGAGGAUCCAGGCCAAGACCAGGGAGCUGAGAGAGCGACAGGCCAGGGAACGGGACUACGCCGAGAUUCUGGACAUAAGCCGCACGCCGGAGAGGUCCUCUGAGGAGGAGCACACGUACGCCGGAAUCAACCCCCUGAACAGCUCCGUGGACAGCGGUCACAGCCGACCCCACAGCCCCCGAGACGAAUACCCCCACAUCCAUCCACACCACCAGCAGCAGCACUCCGAUUCCCUCUACACCCAAGUCAGCAAAGCUCGCAAUGACCGGCCUCCAUCUGCAGACAGUAACCGGCUAACCCCUAGCAACCACGACCGGAUACAGAGGCUGAGGCAGGAGUUCCAGCAGGCCCAGACCGUCCCGGACGACCCCGACGACCGCAGGAGGACCUACAGCUUCGAGCAGCCCUGGUCAAACACCAGCAGCAACGGUCCGGGCGGGUACAGUCAGCCGGGUCGCCACUCGGUGUCGGUCGAGGUUCAGAUGCAGAGACAGAGGCAGGAGGAGAGGGACUCGUUCGCCCAGGCACAGCGACAGUACAGCUCCCUACCAAGGCAACCCAGGAAGAACCCUAGCUCCAUCUCCCAAGACUCAUGGGAGAAGGCGUACCCACCUGGAGAAGGUUUCCAGACAGCCAAGGACAACCCCAGGUACUCUAGCUACCAGGGCUCCAGGAACGGCUACCCAGGCGGCGGCAGUGUCAACGCCAGGGUCCUUCUGGAGGCCCAGGAGCUCCUGAGGCAGGAGCAGCGGCGCCGUGAGCAGGAAGCCAAAGGGAAAUUAAUGCAGGAGAGCAGCGGCAACAGCAGCUACGAGGGGUACACCACGGCUCACCUGAAGGACCCGGCCUCGCCCAAGGGUCCCUACCGCCAAGAUGUGCCGCCUUCACCCUCGCAGUUAGCGAGGCUUAAUAGGUUGGGGUCGGAGAAAGGAAGACUUUUUUAUUCCUGAGGAGCGUUGCUGGACUUGAUGGAUAAAGAGCUGAACAGAGAACUUUUGGCUCAGGAGCUGAA